AUGGGAAUUGAAAGCAGCAGAGCUGUAGACCUGGCAGCCCAUUUCUGCGUGGGUCGAUGGAAGCAGGUUCUCCCCGAUUUGGAUUUGAGGCUGCCGACUGAAACGGGUAGGAAAACGACAUUGGUUUCCUUAGAACAUUUGAAUGUGAAUGUUCCUGAGUGGAAUUCUGAAAAUGAAACUUUCUGGUUCAAAGCCAUGGGCUUUGCCCCGGACUCUCGAACACAGGGCGUUUGCCAGACUGUGCAGUCUAGUGGAGGUUCAAUGAAGGGACUUGUUUGGGCCAACGCUGGCCUGCAGCAGAUUCAUAUGCCUCUGGGUGAGCCACCGCCGAUGGAAGCACAGAAGCCCGCAGGUGUAGUAGGCCUUGCGUAUCCUGACAUUCUUGGUUUGAGAGCAACAUUGAGAGCGGCUGGGGUGAACUUCUCCGGCGUGCCAUUGAAAGAUCACAUGAGCACCCUGCCUGGUGUGGGACCUGCUGCGCUGCAGUGUACAAGUCCAACAGGGGUGAAGAUAUAUGCGCAUGGCAUUCGUGCUGAAUCCUGGCUGACACCUCGUGGCUGGUUGGAUUGCGAAGCUGCCAGAAAGCAGCAGCUGGGACUGCCCAGCGAGGAGGCCUCUCAGUGCAUGGGCAUGCCUUACAUCCGCCUGCAGUGUCCGCUGGGAAGCACAGAGGGCCUAGCAAAGUUAUACAAGCGUGUGUUUAACACGGAAUCAGAAUUUCGCAGAGGGUCCGAAGGAGGAGAAUGCUGGGUUCCCAUCGGAGUAGGACAGUGGUUGAUCUACCAGGAGAUCGCAGGAGACAUACCUUAUGAUGGGUACCACAUUGCGAUAUACGUAAACUGUUUUGUCGAUGCAUACCGAGCAGCAAAGGAACUGGGAAUCGUUUGGAACAACCCUCGGUUUCCAGGCCUUUCCUAUAACUCUGAGCACGAUGCACUGCGACAUCACGAGUUCAGAAUCCUGAAGCUACUCGAUCCGGAUUCCUUGCAGCUCCUUUGUGAAGUUGAGCACGAGGUUCGCUCGCUCUCGCAUACUGGAUUCUGUGCGAAAUCGUGGUUGGAGCAGGACCCUCUAGAUAUGAGCAGCUGA